AUGUAUAAUGUAACAACUCAACCUCCAUCCUUAACAACCAAUGGAGUUUGUAAUAUGAGGUUUUCAGCGGUGUUUACUGCUUCCUUUUUUAUGCAAGUCUCUAAUUUCCAACUUGGUUCGAAUGCCCUUAAUUUAGCCAAUCUAGAUGCUAGAUCUAUUCGACAAGAUAAUCUAUCGAAACAAUUUUUUGACUUCUAUGUGGAUGUAACCUAUUCACCAACAAUGAAAAAAACACAAUUACAUUUAGAAUUCAAAAAUGAUACUCAAGGAAAUUUCUUUAUAAAUGUCGGAGAGUUAGAAUGUGUUGGCUAUACAUCAGAUAAUUUUACAAUUAUAGAAAUGAGUAAACCUCUAAAUUCAGAAGGAUGGUAUAUGGAAUCUCUAGUUAAAUUGAAUUUGUAUACAGAGCACAGAUUCCAAUAUGACUCAAGUUGUACUGCACCAUCAAUUUACAGUUGUUAUUUCGUAUCAAUGUUGAAUGGUGGUUAUUUUUCUUUAAGAGUAGAGAUGAAAGCAAGAUAUUCUAGUUUGAAUAGUAUUAUUCCAAUUACUCUUAAUUUAAACCCUUUUUCUCUAAAUAUUACCAUUGAUUCUUCAUUCCCUUAUAAUGGUGAUUAUGGAGGUUCCGACUAUUUCAAUGGCUACUAUCCAGUACGAAUUGAAAAUGGUACCACCACUCUCAUAAAUCCAGCAUCAAGAGGAUUAUAUUCAUAUAUAAAUGAUAAAAAUUCAGAUGAAAUAUCUUAUAAUACAAUGAUGGUUAAUUAUUUCAAUUGGAAUAUGGGAAGUUUCGUUACACACAGUGAAGUUGAUACUAAAAUGAAUGGAACCAUUGUCAGAACUUUCUUUUCAGCCUAUGAACAAAUACCAUAUACUCUAUCCCAAUCAACCGAUUCUGGAAACGACUAUAGAUUCACCACUGGCUAUCCAAACUCUGGAACAAAUUUACGAAAUUUUGGGUUUACAACUGAAUUCCCAUUUUUGGGAGAGUUUGAAGGUAGUGUUUACCUAUCCUUUGGUGUAAUGUCCCAAAAUGUAGGAUUGCAGUCAAAUUAUACAGAGCAACCUUAUAUCAACGUUCAAAAGGUAGAAUAUAUAAAGUUGUCUUCCUACACCUUUUUAUUUAGAAUCAAGGUGGAAUCAAACUAUGAUUUUCUAUCUGCAUCUGUUAGAGGAUCGAUUUUGUAUUCAUCUCAUCUGGUAGAUGGAACUUUACAGAGUGGAACCUUUGAGAAAGUAAUAACUUCCAGGAUUGAGUCCAUAUCAAACUUUAAUAUUGUAAAUGUACGUGGAUUUAGCCAAAUGGUAGCUAUGUAUACACCAUAUAACGAUAAUUAUGAAUUCAUUCCAUCCACUGUUCCUUUUACAAGAACUGAUUUGAACUAUCAAAAUAUAACUUAUUUUGAAAUAGAAAAAAGAGAAAUCGAUUUAUCAAAUGGACCUGUGAGCAAUACUAUUCGUUUCAAUAUGUCUAGUAUUCUUACUGAUCUUAUUCCAUCGGUUGCUUGUGGUACUGAAUAUAAUGGAUCGUUCGAUCCAACUGUAAAUCAAUAUGUUAUCCAUUUUGUUAUUGAGCCUAUAUAUUUAGAAGGCCCUUUAAUCUUAGCAGUGUAUGAUGGUGUAACAAAGGAAUCAAUUUUAAUUGAUACCAAUCUCUUAAUAAUUAACAUAACAAAGUCGACCAAUGAUCUUUUACAACCUAGAUUGGACUCAGUUCGUGCACAGCCAUCGACUUCUCUUAAUGCUUCAGAAGAUGGCCAGAACUAUUAUGGAUGGGAAUUUGUAAUAACAGACAAACCAAAUGGUUUCUACAAGGCUACAUUUGAUAUUGUAUCUGAUUUAGAUGUUCUACCGCGUAAUGUUGUGAUGAAUGCUACACACUUUAUCAGUGGUUCACCAAACGAUGCAACUUACCGAAUCAUGUUCCCAGUCGAACUUCCUUGUAGAUCACAAACCUUUGCUCUCACCAAUAUUAAUUUGUUCGAUAGUAACUACACUACUAUAGCUUAUAGUGCUAUAAAUACAAUCGUCAACACUCCACAAGAACCACAACUGAAAAUAUAUUUAAAUUGUUCAGAGAUAAUCGAUACUAGUUCAAUUAACAGAGAAUUCGAGGCUAGUUUAUCGGUUACCGAUGGAGACGGUAGUGGAAUUUCAAAACGUCAUCUACCAAUUAUUAGGUUGAUUUCAGAGAACACAAAUGAACUCUACCUGGAGACAACAUUGGAUACCUAUAAUACCUCACACGCUACCUACCACGUAAAAAAACAGCUACCGUUUGGUUUUGGUAUGAGAAACAUCUUGGUAUCAGUCACCGGUUUGGUUGAUAAACAAUUGAACUAUAACUCUUAUGUUUCGACAGAUUUGAGAGAUGCAGGAUUCCCAUACCUAAUCAAAAAGCAAUUUAGUACCAACAUACCGAUUCUAGAGACCGCGUCACUAUUCACAUCGAACGGUGGAUCACUUACAUUGACAGGACAACUUUUUGGAGUAGUUCAAUCUAAAUUGAAAGCUUACAUCGAUUUCAAUGAUGGAAAUGACUAUCAAUUAGUCACUACUAGCUUCUUCUCUGGUUUGGUACUGCAGUUAAGUAAUAUAAAGUCGAUUAAUUCAACUACCAUCAAAGUUAAAGUUGUAAAGAAUGAUAUCUAUGCUUCGAAUGUGCUACUUGUAAAUGUAAUACGUGUAAAUACACCAAAGCCAAGUCUGUCACCAAAGCCAACGAGCCCACCAGAUGCCUCUCUUUGUCCAGGUACACCACCUUGCAACAACCGUGGAGAAUGUACUAUAGGUGGAUGUCAAUGCCAAUCACCUUGGACAGGUCCAACUUGUUCCUCCCAAACCAUUAUCAUUCCACCACCUACACCACAACCAGAUCCAUCAACAGGAACCAACAUUCCAGUGAACAACAACAACGUUACAUCAAUGAUUAAUGUUGUCGAAGUAAGAGAAAUCGAUGAUUUAGAUCAAAUCGUCCAGAUCUUCAAAAUAUCACAAUGGAAUUUCACUGAUCAAUCGAAAUCGAUGAACAAUCCAAGUUAUCUUUACAGUUCACAAUUAGAACGAACAACCACCAACAUCAACGUAACAAUCACAUACUAUCAAAAUCAAACAAAUAUCACAUUUGGUGAAUCAACACUCAACAUUCAAGCAUCAUCAAUCAAAUAUUCAAUUGAACUUUCAAAGUUUAAUUUCACAAAGAGCACCAACCUUUUGCAAGUCGUUUUGGAAGCAACAAUCAAAUCAAACAACAAAGAUUCUUGUUCAUCAACACAAGUCGGAGGUAAAGAUGGUUCGAAAGAUGAUGUUAAAUGGAUAAAGAUGAAUAUCGAUAAACUCAGUCUUUAUGGAAGAUUCAUUGAUUUCGGUAUCAUCGACGACAAACCAACAAAGAUCACCAAUAGAAUCAUUGACGAUGAAGAUGAGAAUACCCCACAAUUCAGAUCGAUCAAAGUUGGAAUUACACUCCCGGCCUAUGAUAACAUCGCACUUUUAGAUCCAGAUUUCUCGAAUUUGAUCGAUGUCGAAACUGACAGUUCGAUUUCAUACCUUUGUAAAUCAAAAGGUGGACUGAGUAAUGGUGCAAUUGCUGGUAUUGUUGUUGGUGGUGUUGUAUUUGUAUCAAUAGCAGUAGGAACAACAAUAUUUGUAAUGAAAAAGAAAAAAAUGAAGAGAGAAAACAAGAAAAUGACUCAAAGAUUAAAAACAAUACAAAAAUAA